AUGGCUCCCCCAACUGGUGAAGGGGUGUCUGGUUCUCGGGCCUGGUCACAGCAGAUAAUUCCCCCAGCAACAUCUACUGCUCCACCAGUGCAGGUGCCGUCUUCCUCGUCCAUUGCAAGGUCGCCGUCUAAUUCUCCAAGGCUCACUCCAUUUGGAUCCUCAUUAUCCAGCUCCCUCAGAAACAGAGUUGGGAAUGGUCACAGGCAAAAAGCUCUAUCAGUGUCAGGUUUGCUUUCUGUACCGGAGCUUACACCUGUUGAAGAAGGAAUGACAAAGAAUACGAUAUAUAAGGUACCAGCAUUUGCAUCGUCGUCAAUAGAUAUUAGAACUGGAAACUUCCAUGGUCCUGAUCCCAGUGAUGUCAAGGAAAGGCCGUUGUUGGCCCCAUUUAAAACGUACCAACAACCCUCCGCCAAGAUUUCACCAAGUUCUUAUUUUGACUUGGAUCAUACAGGUGGAAAUGGUAUGAAUAGCCCGACUAGCCCUCAAUUAGAAUUUGGGACAUUUGCUUCUUCAGGGUCACAAUCCCCCUUAGCAAACCCCAAUCCCGUUCAAUUUAGUAGGAUCAAAUCAUCACCAUCUCUUGCAUUGGAUGAUGAAAUGAGGCGGGGCAUUUUGCCUAGUCGAAAGCGACCACCGGGUCCAUCUAACCUUUUUCACACUAAUGGGCCAUCACCAGUCAUUCGCACUUCUAAAAUCCCAGAUAUACUCGUUAGUAAUGACACUGAUAGCAGUGAUACUGGAAGUAAUUCAAGUGGCCCAACUUUUCCCUUUUCGCAUGGAUCAAAUAGCGUUCUGCUGUCAGAUCCAUUUUCAAGAAGACACUCUAGCUUUUCUGGAACCGCUUUUUCUACCGGUCUCACCAACGAAUUUACGGCCCCAAAUUCUAAAUCUAUUGGAGGUGCAAAUUUGGAUAACAAAGGGAACGUGUCUAUGGCCCAGAGUGUGGAAGAGUUACAAAAAAGUCUUGGGGGAGAUGUUGUGGUUAAACUGGAUGCUGUUGAGGAUAUACUAAAAGCUCGUAUGAGAAGUUUCGAACAGCACCUUGCUGGGAUCAGAUCUCUCCGUAAUAGAUCUAACGAACUUUUGUUAACGUUUAGGGCACAUGCUAGUCAGUCUCACGAGGAUUUCAGUCUCUACAGCCAGAAGUAUAAGGAACUAGACUUUUCGGAAUUUGAUGAUCUUGAGAAAAGAGUGUUAGCUUCUGCUGAUAAAGUCGAUGAGUAUUCUCAAAGGCUCAAGCUAGUAAAUGAGCGAAUUUCUGAGCAGGAACGAGAAAACCAUACCCGACAGUUGCGUUAUAAGUUUAUCAGGAGAAGUUUAGCCUCUAUUUGUCUAUUUAUUCUGCUUCUCAUAACUAUUCUCAGAUUUCUUGAGUCUAGUUAUCAUAUUUCCUCUUAUUAUAAGUCAUUGUUCGCAAAGGGUCCCCCUUUAGAUUCUCUUCCUGCAAAUGGUAUUGCUGGUGAUUUGGCUCCAUUGAAUCAAAAGGGCCAGGAGUUCGGCUUAACAGCGAUUGACAAACAUUAUUUAUAA